GCCCUGGAAAAAGGGCAAGGUGACCAUCUUAUCCAAUUAUGCAGAUUUUGGUUUUUUGAUCAACGGUCAAGAUUGAGUGACACGGCAUCAUGGUACCAUUGGACCACACCAUAGGAGCCUGACGUGGUCCUGUCAACAACUUUCUUCAGUCAGAGAAGUUGGUAUAAACGUCCAGACUUAGACAAACCCCAACGGAGAAGAAAGAAAGAGAGAAAGAAAGAAAUUAAGCAGAAGCUGCACAGGGGCUCUCUCAAAGAACAAAAAGAAGAGAUUUUGAGGACUAGUUCUAUGAUACAACAUCCACCUUGUAAGCUGGGAGAGUUAGAAACCAUGUCUUUAGUUAGAUCUGCAGAACCAUCUUCUGCAACAUACAGAAACCCUAAGCUCUAUUCACUGAAGGGUAGCGGUGAUGGUGCUGUCUUGUCCACUCCGGUAUUUGGCCCUCAUAACCAUAAGCCGAUGUAUAUGGUUGAUACAUACUGCAGUGAGAGCUACGAAAAGUACUUUCUUGACUCACCAACCGAAGAGCUAAUACAUCCAGCUAAUUCUGGGACCUCAGAUUCCUUGGAAAAUCAAAGCCCAGAAACAUCAGACGACACUGAUGAUACCGUGAGACUGAAGCUUCAAGAACUGGAGAGAGCAUUGCUUGAUGAUAAUGAUGUUGAUGAAUAUGAUAUGUUUGGUGCUGAUCUAAGCAUGGAAAUAGAUGGUGCGUGGUCCAACCGGAUCCAGAGAGAGUUGCUUCAUGAUUCACCCAAGGAGUCUACAUCCUCAGAUUCUAACCUUAGUAGCAUUACCAGCAACAAAGAAGUAUCGCAUGUAUCACCUCGGACUCCUAAGCAAAUGCUUAUUGAUUGUGCAGCUGCACUGUCAGAAGGAAAUAUUGAGGAAGCCUCAACCACAAUAAAUGAUCUCCGACAAAUGGUCUCAAUUCAAGGAGAUCCCUCUGAAAGAAUUGCAGCCUAUAUGGUGGAAGGCCUUGCAGCUCGCAUGGCUUCGUCCGGAAAGUAUCUAUAUAAAGCUCUAAAGUGCAAAGAGCCUCCUUCUUCUGAUAGGCUUGCAGCUAUGCAGAUACUCUUUGAGAUUUGCCCUUGCUUUAAAUUUGGAUUCAUAUCAGCAAAUGGAGCAAUUAUAGAUGCUUUAAAGGGUGAAAAGAGAGUGCAUAUAAUAGAUUUUGACAUCAAUCAGGGCAAUCAAUAUAUUGCACUGAUACAAACACUUGCUAAUCAGCCUGGCGAGGCACCCCACCUGAGGUUAACUGGUAUUGAUGACCCUGAGUCAAUUCAACGUCCAAUAGGGGGUCUUGAAAUGGUUGGACUAAGGCUCGAGAAACUAGCAGAAAUACUUGGGGUGUCAUUUGAGUUUCAAGCAGUGCCAUCAAGAAGUUCAAUGGUCACUCCAUCAAUGCUGGACUGUAGGGCUGGCGAAGCACUAAUUGUAAACUUUGCUUUCCAACUUCACCACAUGCCUGACGAGAGUGUUUCAACAAUAAAUCAGCGAGAUCAGCUUCUGCGGAUGGUUAAGAGCCUGAAUCCAAAACUGGUGACAGUUGUUGAACAAGAUGUGAACGCCAACACAUCCCCCUUUUUCCCAAGAUUUAUUGAAGCCUACGAGUACUAUUCUGCUGUCUUCGAGUCACUGGAUGCAACUCUGCCAAGGGAGAGUCAGGACAGGAUGAAUGUUGAGAAGCAGUGUCUGGCAAGGGACAUAGUUAACAUUGUUGCUUGUGAGGGGGAAGAAAGAAUAGAGCGUUACGAGGUAGCUGGAAAGUGGAGGGCAAGGAUGAUGAUGGCUGGCUUCAAAUCAUGUCCUAUGAGUUCAAAUGUGAUUGACAUGAUCCGGGAACUUAUAAAGCAAUACUCUGACCGGUACACACUAAAGGAGGAAUUUGGCACACUCCAUUUUGGUUGGGAAGACAAAAGCUUGAUUGUUUCUUCAGCAUGGAGGUAGAAGAGUGAGGUUAGCUUAGGUGUACUGCAUGGUUAUUGUAACAAUAGUUUUGUGUGGUAUCACUUAUCAGGAUUCAUGCUAGUAUGUUGUUUAGGACCUUUUUUUAUUUUAUUUUUCUCAAAUUACAGGGAUUGCUAAUUGUCUAACAAUCUUAAAUAGUGUCUCUAGUUAAUUGUUUUGGACAUACUUGUAAAAUCUCAUGGGUUGCUAGUGCAGGGUUGUAUUGCUGUGAU